GUCCGCUGGGACAUCAUGACAGCACGCUUCACGCGACAUCCGUGGGAUGAUGGACGGUAGGACUAUCGGUAGCGACUGAACCAUCCCCCAGGCACCACUUGCUCUCUUCAGCCAUGUGCAUGCACGACCUGGUUCGCACGGAAAAUUAAAACCCUUUCUGCUCUCAGUGCGCUCUGGUCAACAAUGAAACCACUCCAUCUGCUGGUUUCGUCGGUCCCCCAAACGACGGACGGCGUCGAUGGACAGCCAACAUGUGCCUCCCACUCCAGAAUGGCGGCCGCCCUCGAGCCUGUCUGGGAGCAACCUGUCCACGCCGACUUCGAGCACAAUUCUUUCCGGGCUCCACAUCAAUUCCGGCGGAUGCGCACAUAUGGGCAUGGAAUCGUUACAUCGUCCUAAUAUCGAACCGCACGAGGCCACUCUCUGUCAACGACUCACCGACGCAAUCGCUCGUCACACCACCGCCCAAGAUGACCUCUCCCUGUCACCAAGCCUCAAGACCCCCCUCGCACUAGUUCUCCAAGACGCUGCAACAUCAAUACAAUUCCAUGCCAAGUGGUUUGCUCCGUCUGCACUGAAGACUCUUCUAGAUACCGCUCUCAAUGCCGCGAGCUUAUCAUCGUCGACUCCCGAUUUCCAUGCGGCACUUCGCCUGAUCGACAUCGUUGGAACCUAUUCGCUCAUUCCGGACCUUCUCCCGGUGGUACAGUUUAUAUCAUACGCGUAUUAUCAGGGAAGUCGUUCCAAUAGACACAGGCGACUUAAUACGCGGGCGUGGGUGGUCUCACAGCACAUUCUGGCGUCGCAUCUGGGUGGGCAGUUUGCAGGCACUCUCCUGGAUAUUAUCACGAAUCAUGAAAGCUUCAGUGAGAAGUAUAAGUUCUCCGCAGCAAUAGGUGCACUCCUCAUUACCAUCGAUAAACUACUGCCAUCUCGGGACUCUGGUCUUCCAUCUAUGCAUGCGAUCCAGCUCAUUCGUGGUCUUUGGAAAUGUCCUGUGCGUGACAACGCCAUUUUGCGCGAACACGUAGCAAUCAUGAUGGGCACCAUGUUGCAAGACGAGCAAGUUUUCCAGGAACUUGUCAACGACGGAGGUCUAGGCAUCAGUCUCGACUUGAUUGAGAGCUGUGUGACACAACAACUGGACAAGAGCGCGAUUGAGGCAUUAUUCUCUGGUCUCGAGGUCAGGCUCGGCGCUUUUGAGUUGCGACAUCAGCCCUAUAUGGCCCAGAUCUUUGUGGAAGCACGACGGCCCCUACCACCUCUCCUAAAAGGCCAACUUCUUGCACCCUGGCAUCGAUCUCUGAUGCUGGACCAGUACAAGAUGUGGGAGGACGGACAUCGUGAGCUCCUCAGCCAACUCAGCGAUUCUGAUUUAUAUGCUGGCGAGCUUGACGGAUUCGUCAACUUGAGUGUCUCUGCGUACUUUUCGACGGAAAAUACAACAGCACGAAAGGACUUCGUCUACACUCUUCACAGUCUCAUACAAGACUCUGCGACUGCUCCCCCGGUUGUGGACAUACUUGCGAGGGGCAUGGUCAAGAUCUUCUGCCAUAAGACCCAAAAGGAGAAAUGGGAAUCUCAAAGAAAUUGGCUCUUUCCGCUCCUAUGCCAGGCGGCCCGGCACAGCGUGGAAGCCACGAAACUUGUAAUGAGUAUCAGGGCCGACGCUGCAGGCGAGGGCUAUCUGGACCCGACACGCAUUAAUCCGUCCGAUCUGCCAACUGGUCGAUCGGCGCGAUUUUACCACCUCUAUGGCCUGUCCACGUUGUCUCUCGAAGCACUGGUUGACGCAAUUCACGGCAUGAUUGUGCGGCCGCCCGAUCGCUGGGACGUCUAUGAUGCCAUGUUAGUUUCGCUGCCUGCUCUAAUUCGCAACCAUGUUUUGUGGCGCGGCAGCUUUCGCCAGAUGAAUAUACUGCGACAAGCAGUGUGCGAUCUGCUCAAAGCAGAUACAUUUGUGGAGCCACCGACACCUGACUUGAGCAAGUCGUAUGUCAUUAUACAGUUGAUCCAAAUCCUGACCGCGAUCAUCAGCUAUCAUUACUGCCUACCGCGGAACGAUGUGAAAUCCGCAAUUGUCACCAUCAUCAAUGUCGCGGGCUCUCGAGAGUAUAACCCCAGCAUCCAUUGCAUACACGCUCUGACUAUCUGCUGCUAUGAACUUCCAGAGCUCAUGGCCAGCUACAUGGACAUUGUCAUUAACAAGAUGACCAAGAUGGUCACGCAGCGAUCGCUCGCCAUCUAUGUCCUUGAGUUCUUCGCGGGGCUGUCGCGCUUCUCGGAUCUACAGGACAGGUUGCGUAUUGAAGAUUUCAAGAAGAUCUUUGGAGUCUGUCACAGCUACCUGCAAUCAGUGCGAGGUGUUUCUUCGCUCGAGCGAAAGCGAACGCCGAGCAGUGAGCAGAGCGCCGGGAUGACCAGUAGUGCCAACGAUGAUAUGGCGCAAUAUGUGCAUGCACUUGCACAUCAUGUCAUUACGUUCUGGUACAUGGCUUUGCGACGUGAAGACCGGCACGGACUAAAGGAAUAUAUCAGCAGGUGUUUACGAUACACCGAUCUCGAUGGCACUGAACAUAUAGAAGAGCAGGGACUGGUCACAAUCGACCUUAUGGACCGCAUUGAUGCUGAAGAACAGACUGGUGCGCCGCUGGAGAAAGUCUUUGACGACGUCGACGGGCGGAUUGUCACAACGCAUCGCGUCACAGGCAUCCUGCUUAUCACGACCGAGACGUCUUUACGGACUGGUAAAACGAUAGUGACCAUUCGCCGGCCAUCAGGAACUGCGCAAAGAUUGCUGUCCAAUCACACGGACUAUGCCCACGGAGACCCCCAUGAGCCCGAGAAGUGCCUUAUGGCCUCAGUAACGGUCGAGGGCGAUACACAAGAUUAUAUCAAUGUCUUUCCGAACGACGAGAAUGGACGCACCUAUGGUAAAGUUGCCAUUCCUCGGCCCCACUCAGCUCUCGGGACGGACAGGAUCAUCACAUUGCCAGACGACGACCCAGCUGUUGUUCGAGCCAUACAAUCUUUUGACCGGGUAUCCGCCCUCGACUCCCACAAAGCUGGCGUGAUUUUCGUAGGAGAAGAUCAAACUGACGAAAACCUAAUCCUGCUCAACACCUCCGGAACACCUGACUAUCGUGAGUUCCUCGAAGAUCUCGGCAACCUCCGCAAACUCAAGGGCGCCAACUUCAACACUCAAGGGCUCGAUCGAGUCGACGAUGGGGAUGGCGCCUACACCAUGGUCUGGAACAACGCAGUCACCGAACUCGUCUAUCACAUUACAACGUUUAUGCCAAACGACUCCGAUCCUCACAUGGCGGUCAUCAAUAAGAAACGCCACAUUGGAAAUGACUUUGUCAACAUCGUGUUCAACAACUCUGGCUCCGAUUUUAGAUUUCAUACUUUCCCAUCGGCUUUCAAUUACGUGUACAUUGUAAUAUCACCUUCGGAGAGAAACUCGUUCCUGCAGGCACGACAAAUCACAUGCAACAAGCCAAAACACGAACGAUUCUACAAUGUUCGUGUCUUGAGUCGGCCCGGGUUUCCGAGCUUGUCGAGUGCCAGUGAAGUAAAAGUGAUAUCGGGGGCCAGUCUGGGCGGGUAUGUGAGAAACCUCGCGCUCAACGCCUGUGUCUUUUCUAUUAUGUGGCAGGCAGGGGACAUGGGGGAUUAUCCGAGCAGCUGGAGAUCGAGGCUGCACAUGAUCAGGAGAUUGUAUGCACAGUACAAAGCGAAGUUGGACGCGGUUGAGUGA